CAUUGAGUUUUCACGAUGCCGCCUAAGAAGGACGCAAAGUCGUCGGCCAAGCAGCCGCAAAAAACACAAAAGAAGAAGGAGGGAUCCGGCGGCGGCAAGGCCAAGAAGAAGAAGUGGUCUAAGGGAAAAGUCAGGGAUAAGUUGAACAACCAGGUGCUGUUCGACAAGGCCACCUAUGAGAAAUUGUACAAGGAAGUGCCUGCUUAUAAACUUAUCACUCCCUCCGUGGUGUCUGAGCGUUUGAAAAUCCGCGGCUCUUUGGCCAAACGUGCUCUGAUUGAGCUGCGUGAAAAGGGUCUGAUCAAGCAGGUCGUGCAACAUCAUUCCCAGGUCAUCUAUACACGUGCAACAAAGGGUGAUGAGGCGUAAAUUAUUCUGGGGAACGAAUGGCGUUACCAUAAUUUUACAGCUAAAUUACUGAUUGUAUGGAAAGUACUACCACUUUGCGUGUGUAGUAGAAUGUUGAAUAAACUUGCUUUCUUUUUGAUGUAAGGAA